AUGAAAGUGUCCUCUGCCCUUGCUGAAAUUGUCUCUGAAUUCUCUGGAUUCCAACAUCUUCAUACUUUUAAAUCCAACCCAUCUUUGUCUACUACUCCAUCCAAAAAGUCUUCAACGUCAUCUGAAUUCUUGCCACGUCAUUGUCUGAACACCACUAUCGGAGCCACUCACCAGAAACAACAGUUCCAGUAG